AUGUCUCCCUUUCUUGGAAAGAAGUUGGGAAUUUCAUCGAAUGGAGGUUCAAACACAACAAACAUUCAGAAAGAUGAAGAAUAUCUGUCCUUCAAUCCAACACUCCUUCCAGUGAAACAUUGGAAAGUCCGUCAUGUAUCCUUCUUUCUCUCUCAAUUGAAUGAAAAUUACAAUCAAAUUUGUCAACACAUUAAAUGUUCAGACCAACAAUUCUCAAUUUCUGAUUCCACCAUUUCCAUUCUGAUGGAAGAAGAAUGGGACGGAAAUUCAUUCAUUUCAUUUUCAAUGACUGAUUUGGAAAAUAUUGGAAUCCCAAAUGAUGAAAGUGAAAUUAUUUUCAAUGCCAUUCAAAAUUUAAUGCAAGUUCAAAAGGAAAUGAAUGAAUUGGAUGAUUGCAUUGAUAUGAGUGGACAGGUAUUGACUUCACAGACGACCAUUUCGAGUGUGACAAGUGGCAGCAAUGCUUCAAAAAGAGCAACCAUGCAUGUUGCAUCGUCCCAAUCUCUUUCCAGUGAUCCUUCUUCUUGCGAUAAUGAUGAUGUUGCAGUAAUUGUCAAUACGGGUGGUAUUUCUCCUUGUUCCGAUGUGCCAAUGUCAAAUUCAAAAUCAACUGCACACUUAUCUCUUCACAGAAAGACAAAUUCUGAUCAAACUUUUCUUUCAGAGGAAUUUAGAGCAAAACUUGAGAGAAGAUUGACCACUUUGCAACAACAAGAGCAAUCCAAGUCCAUGACAAGUGACACUUCUUCUCAACCAGCCAACACGACUGUGGAACCUGUUGAAGGAAACUCUUCUGGAAAUACUUCUCCUCCAUCAUUGAAUUCUCAACAAGAGCAACAACAAGAUUCUUCAGCUGCUUCGAACACCUCUCCAGUCAUUUACAGAAAGGAAUCGAUCCUUAAAAAGUUUUCCUACGAUUCCCCACCCAAUUUGACAAGUGGCAGCAGUGGUCGAUUUGCCAACAAACAAGCAGUGGUCAUUACUCGACGAGAAACUAUUACUACCGACGCCUCUUCAUUGCCUUCGAACACGUCUUCAACCUCGCCCAAUUCUUCUUCGUCCUCUUCAACUACUACUACUCCAACCAGUGGUCAAAAUCUCACACAAUUUUCCGAGAAUUCAUCCACGACCUCGUCGGUCUCUCACUCCGUAAGCGGCGGAGGCAGUACGGCACGACCUCCUAAACCCAUGGGAUAUUCAGCACGUAAAUCCAUGUUUACCACGUCACCUCAACCUCCAGAAGAUUCAAAAGAAACAACUUCUGUUAUGGAAAAAUCAAAUUCGAAUCCGCCACCUGUUCCACAACCUUACAAACCAUCAUCGGCACAGCAACCACAAGUCGAUCGACCACAAGAUCGACAACAUUCACCUCUUUCGAUCACAAGUAGUCACGUAACUUUUAGUUAUACUUCAAAGAAUGCAACCACAGCAAGAAGUACUUCUGCAGAUUAUGAUUCUCCAGAUUCAAAUUUGAGACCUUCUGUGGAUUCUAGUAGUAGCACAAACAGUGGAUUUCCAAAUGUUUUGGUGAGUGCUUCUGAAAAUUCCACAAACGUUGCUGCCACCACCUUGUCACAUUCAUCGAGUGAUGAAAAAGUGAACAAACUUAAAAAGAAAAUGGACGCUUCCAAGAAUCGAAGACCUACAUGCACACUCGAUCAUGAUUUGGAGAGUUAUAUCAAAUCGAUUGAUGAGAAACAAAUUCCACAAACCAAUUAUCCUCAUUUUCUGAACAAUGAUUUGAUUUUAAUUGAACAAUUGGGAAAAUACAAGUCACGUUACAAGAAUAUUUAUUUACUCUUGACAGAUCCAACUUCGUAUGACACAAUUGUCGAACGCAAAAAAGAUUCGAAAAAGAAGAAAAUGUUCGAAACCUCUUCAACCUCCAACGACGUCUCCAAUUUCAGAGAAGGAAGCAUUUCGUCACCUGGAACUGAACCCAUGAACGCCAAUUUUGACAAAAUUUUCCCAUCUGAAGCUUCUGAACAAACUCAUGCCACUACGUCGAGUAUUGUCAUUGAUUACGCCUCGGUCCAAUUAAGUGAACAUUUACCUCUGCUCAUUGAUUUGAAACAUUUGAACGAAUUAGAAAAGGUUUGCGUUUCGAACGCUUUCAAAAAGAUUGCACCCAUCGAUCGAAGAAUUUUUUCACACCGCGAAAAGAUUUUCAUUGCACAAAAUUUGGCACUUGCCGAUUGUUACAAUUAUCUAUUCUUUGACAAUCCAACAAGUGAGAAGUCAGGUUCUAUUUUUUUCGAUUUGGCUGGUUCUGGCUCUGAAAGUGAUCAUUCUCAUGGAGAAAGUUCACCUCAGGAAAAACGAAGUGGAUUAAGCAAAUUGUUUAGUCGAUCUUCGAAAAAGGAAGAACCUUAUCUUCAAGUACAACUUGUCAUUUUCGAGUUUGGAGAUUCACUCAUUAUGGAAAUGAAUGAUUCGCAGAGAUAUAAAUUCUUUAGAACUGGAUUAAUGAUUGGAAAUUGGUUUUUGGAAUGGAGAGAGAAUUCAUUGGUCAUUCCUUCAAGAAAACCACCUCAAGGAUUGGUUCGAUUUAAUCCACAUUUUCAUUUCAUUCCUUUAAGCAAAAUUGAAGGUACCAAAAACAUUUCCUCCAUUCUUCACAGAUUAUCCGAAGUUUGUGCUCUCUGGAAUGGUGCUCACAUUUAUCAUCCUCACACUUGCAAUCAUCAACAUUUUGUCAAUGAUGUCAUUCUCUCGUUAGAUCUUCUCCCAAUUGAAGAAUCCGAUAAAUCGAAGCCAGGAAAGAUUUCCUUCCCAUGUGGUCUCUCUGUCAAGCGACUUCUCGAUCGAAUUGAAAAAUAUGGUUUUAGUGACAUGUCUCUCUACAUGAACGAUAGUGUGAAAGAAGCUUUAUUUGGAAAAAAGAAACAACAAGAACAACAUCAACAAACCGUAGAGAGAGUCAUUUAUGGAGAAGCUUAUUCGAGAUUGGGUGAAGAAAAAACUCUGGUUGGAAAUAUUGAAUAUGCUCCUGAGAGAAUUCGAAGUAAAUACACGUACAAGAAUUUACAAAAGAAUACAAGUAAGGAAGAGGAAAAUGAUGAAAAGAAUUUUUUGAUUUUCACUAGUCAUUCACAUUUGGAUCAAGUGUUCUUUGAUUUGGAUACAAAAAUUGGAAGUGGAUGUGAAGGAAAGGAUUAUUUCAAGACAAGUCUGGAUGGAAAGUGGGAUUUAUGGUUGUUGAAAUUGUACGAUCGAUGUUUUUGGAUUCGAAUGGCCAAUAAGAUUUAUAAUCCAAAAGAUGCACCACUUUCGAAUUUGCCACAAAAUUCACCUUUUAAUGUGACACAUACCGGACAUUUUGGACCAUGCAUGUGUCCUUUCAAUAUGAGUGGUGUUUCUUUGACUGAGUUUGAUAUUCAAUUGAUGAUGGUGAAUCCAUUGCCUCCAACGGAAUAUUUGGGAAGUUAUGAUCCUCCAAUUCCAGAUCGAAUUUGGCUUCCUUAUCAAAAGUAA